AUGCAGGACCUGACCUGUGUCGCACGGUUUUCUGUAAACCGAGGUCUUCAAGCUUCCGCACGGGUCUCUUUGCACGAGGACAUCCAAAAAGGCGAUCUUUUUCUCUUUCUCCUCCUCGCACGUGAACUACUUACCUACGAUGGCGACGUCAUGAUGUCUUUUGAUGUCAUCUCCCUGUUUACAAACGUGCCCAUUGACGUAGCUCUGUCCGUAGUUCGAACGAAGCUGAGAGCUGACGUUGACUUAGAAGACCGCACUGAUCUUUCAGUUGAAGACAUUUUAGAACUUUUAAAGUUAUGCCUCGGACAAACCUUCUUCCAAUUCAAGAACAGGUUCUUUAAACAAACCGACGGAUGCCCCAUGGGCAGCCCAAUUUCAACGACCAUUGCCAACUUAGUCAUGGAGUUUGUUGAAGACAAGGCCUUAGAGGACGCAGGACAAUUCAUCACCUUUUACAGACGUUAUGUUGACGACACAUUUGUGAUUAUUAAGAAGAAUUUCACCAACACAUUCUUUGACAAGCUGAACAGCAUUCAUCCUAACAUCCAGUUCACGUGCGAGGAGGAGAAAGAGAAAAAGAUCGCCUUUUUGGAUGCCCUCGUGCAAAGAGACCCGUGCGGAAGCUUGAAGACCUCGGUUUACAGAAAACCGUGCGACACAGAUGACUCCAAAUGUCUUCAAGUGACCGCAGAUGUCUUCACGUGUCUUGAGCUGAUCCACACGUCCUCAGGUGACGUCAAGAGACUUAAGGCGUCUCCAGUUGACUUCAGGUGA